AUGGCGAGGACGGCGAGCAAGCGCCAUGGGGUGCCAGGCGGUGGGGGCCCCAGCAGUGGGCCCCCUGGGUUCGCAGUUGGAGCAAAUGACUCGGGGCUGGAAGGUGCUCGGGCUCUAAUUCAAGCAGAACGAGCUUUCAGCAGGAAGGUGUGUGUGGCAGAAGAUGCCGCAGGGAGCUCGCUUAACCUCCCUGCGACUCAGCCACCCAACCCUGCCGGUCUGCACUGUCACCACCAGUCUCUGGUCAUGCUGCGGCCCCAGCAGGGCUAUAACAAACGCACAGGCCUGGCAGCUCAUCAACAGCACACGCUGCUCCUUGCGGUCCAGCGGGUGGAGUCCAAGGCCAGAUACUGGCAAGUUCCUUGUCGUCACCUGGAGGCUGGGCGGCGGCCCUGUGGUCCCAUCCUGGGGGCUCUACCCCGCAACUUACUGACCUCCCGGGGCCAGACCUCUGACGCCAUCCCCUGGGGCUCAGGGUGGGACCACUUUGGCCUGUGGUCCCCCAUCUCAAGAGUGUCACCCCUGCUGGCCGUAGCCCCAAGCCUGGUGCCGCCAGGGAAGGUGACGCUGCUGGAAGACAAAGUGAGCAUGUUGUCAGCCUUCAUCGCUCCCUUCAAACGCCUGAACCCUGGGGCCACGCACGCAGAGGAUGAGGACAACCUCAGUACCAGCAGUGCCGAUGUCAAGGAGAACCGCAAUGUGAGCAACCUGGAGGCCAGGCCACCGCCAGCCGGGGACAGGGCCCGAGGGGGCGCACCCGGCCUGAAGAGGAAGCGGCCGCUGGAGGAGGGCAAUGGUGGGCACCUGUGUCCCCUGAGGCUGCUGUGGCGGCGGCUUUCAUGGUCUGUAGCACCCAAGAAUGCACUGGUGCAGCUGCACGAGCUGCGGCCAGGCCUGCAGUUCCGUAUGGUGUCGCAGACCGGCCCGGUGCACGCGCCCAUCUUUGCCGUGGCCGUGGACGUCAACGGGCUCACCUUCGAGGGUACCGGGCCCACCAAGAAGAAAGCCAAGAUGCGGGCAGCAGAGCUGGCCCUCCGCUCCUUCGUGCAGCUCCCCAACGCUGGCCAGGCACCCCCAGCCCCCGGUGGCAUGGCCCCUGACUUCACCUCCGACCAGGCUGACUUCCCCAACGCCCUGUUCCAGCGGUUCGAGCCUGCAGCUCCCAGCGAGGGCUUCCCGGGGAGCCGCCGCCCCCCUGCCCCUGAGUGCCUGUCCACGGCCUGCCGGCGGGGCCGGCUCCUGGGACACCCACUGGACCUGGGCCUGGGGGGACCCACGGCCCCAGGCACCGGGAACCCUGUGGUGCUGUUGAAUGAGCUGCGCUCCGGCCUGCGCUACGUGUGCCUCUCGGAGCCUGAGAAGCGGCGCGCCCAGAGCUUCGUCAUGGCAGUCAGCGUGGACGGGAGGACGUUCGAGGGCUCGGGACGCAGCAAGAAGCUGGCCAAGGGCCAGGCCGCCCAGGCCGCCCUGCAGGCCCUCUUCGACAUUCGGCUGCCUGGCCACGUCCCCAGCAGGAGUAGAAGUCACCUCCUGCCCCAGGAGUUCGCAGAUGCCGUGUCCCAGCUGGUCACACAGAAGUUCCGAGAGCUGGCUGCGGGCCUGGCCUCAGCGCACGCCCGCCACAAGGCGCUGGCCGGGAUCGUCAUGACCCGAGGCCUGGACGCCAGGCAAGCCCAGGUGGUUGUCCUGUCCUCGGGGACGAAGUGCAUCAGCGGCGAGCACAUCAACGACCAGGGGCUGGUGGUCAACGACUGCCAUGCGGAGAUCCUGGCCAGGCGGGCGCUGGUCCACUUCCUAUAUGCACAGCUGGAGCUGCACCUGAGCAAGCGGUGCGAGGACAGCGAGCGUUCCAUCUUCGAGCGGCUGAAGGAGGGCGGCUUCCGGCUGCGAGACGGAGUCCUGUUUCACCUGUACCUGAGCGCCUCGCCCUGCGGAGACGCGCGCCUGCACUCACCCCACGAGCGCGCGGCCGAGCUGAGCAGCAGCAAGCACCUGGCCAGGAAGUUCCGGGGGCACCUGCGCACAAAGAUCGAGUCUGGGGAGGGGACGGUGCCUGUGCGCGGCCCAGGUGCGGUGCAGACCUGGGAUGGCGUCCUGCUGGGCGAGCAGCUUGUCACCAUGUCCUGCACAGACAAGAUUGCCAGGUGGAACGUGCUGGGCCUGCAGGGCGCACUGCUCUGCCACUUCAUCGAGCCCGUGUACCUGCACAGCAUCGUGGUGGGCAGCCUGCGCCACACAGGCCACCUCUCCCGCGUCAUGAGCCACCGGACCCAGGACGUCGGCCAGCUGCCUGCCUCCUACCGGCACAACCGGCCCCUGCUCAGCGGAGUGAGUCAGGCGGAAGCGCGACAGCCCGGGAAGGCGCCCCACUUCAGCGUGAACUGGGUGGUGGGCACAGCGGACGUGGAGGUCAUCGAUGCCACCACCGGGAGGCAGAGCUGUGGCCGCUCCUCUCGGCUCUGCAAGCACAGGCUCUCAGCACGCUGGGCGCGGCUCUAUGGCAAGCUGAGCACACGGAUCCCACGGCAUGGGGACACGCCAUCCAUGUACUGUGAGGCCAAGCUGGGGGCACGCACCUACCAGGCCGUCAAACAGCAGCUGUGCAGAGCGUUCCAGAAGGCCGGCCUAGGCACGUGGGUGAGGAAGCCACCCGAGCAAGACCAGUUCCUGCUAGCGCUGUGAGGCCGGCGGGGCACGCUGCGUGCGGCGGGCGCCCCCACGGUGCUGACCCGCACCAAGCGUUAGCUUUCCUCUGGUUUCCAGAAACACGCGUGUCCAAGCUCGGAUGAGCAACUUGCCUUGGGUUAGGGGCGUGGUGCUUCUCUGACGGCCACUUCCAGGAGGCCAGGACCGAGGUCGCCCACCACACCCCGCUUCCAGCACAGACGGCCCUGUCUCCCUCCCCCGUGUGUCCAAGGGAGCUUCCAUUCAGGCCGGAGGUGCCAAGUGCUGCCUUGAAAAGUGCCGAGGUGCAGCUGGUGAGAAGCAGCCAGGCCCACCCAGCGCCCCAAGCCCGCCGCGCACCUCCCGACCGAGGGGCUCCCACAAGCACAGUGCGUGGGACUUCAGGGUAAGCCACGAGUGAAGAGAAAAGCCAUGGGCUCCUCCCCAAAGAAGCCAGAAAGCACGAGCUGUCGCGUUCAUCAGUUUCAGUUUUUAUUCC